AUGGUUCUCAUCUUGAAGGCUACUUUGUGGAUCCUGGCUAUCUUUCUAUCCCUGGCUGUUAGUACAAUUGCUUCAUCCCAAGACGAGAACUGGCUUCCAGAAUAUCAUCUACACUCCAGAAAGAUACUACUCCAGGAAAAGAGCAGGUCUUCAGUAGAAAGCAAAGCAGCCCUCAAGAGCAAGACCGAAGAGAGAACAGAAUCAUCAACACCAUCAGCCUGGCCUGCUGAUUCCUAUGCAACUCCAACUUCAGACAGACCGGGAGCACCUGCUGAGGAUCUACAAAACCGUCAUCAGCGUUCGCCCGGGGCUUCGCUUCAAGGUACAAUGCCUUCAAGUGGUUCACGCAGAAACAAGCAGAGAGAAUCAAACCGAUCAAACAGAGGAUGUCAGAUUAACAGCCAGACAGUCAAAGUUAGAAGUCUAGGACUUGGGUAUGAAUCAGAAGAGGUCGUACUCUUCAAAUACUGCAGUGGAAGCUGUGCACGCUCCCGGACAAAUUAUGACCUUACCUUGUCCAAUCUGCUCAAGAAUAAAGAGAUCCGUUUAAGGAAGCAUGAGAAGGUGACCCGUAGCCCAUGCUGUCGACCAAUCAAGUACGAUGAUGUAACCUUUCUAGACGUGAAAAACAAAUGGCACACACUCAUGAACUUUUCUGCAGUUGAAUGCAAGUGUUUGGGAUGAUGGAAACUUUGCAUCAUAUGCAAGUACGGUGGUUUUUGAGGUGAAGGAACAAUGUGCCACAAAGGGCACCAGGGCUGAACAACGCUAUCUUGACAAUAACAAGAUGGUGGUCUAUUAUUUGGGCAUUAGGAAGGAUGGGAAUAAGUGCGCGAUCUGCACUUUCAAUCUGAUUGAAACAUUGGAGUAAUUGAUUUGGAUCAAUUGUACCAAGAACACUUAGCUCCGGCUUGUGCCACUAUUUCUGAAACUUCUUCAUCAACCUGAAGUAACCUGAUAUUGGAUCCAUUUCCCAAACAGUAAUGUGAGGGCUUUCAGCAUUGCAAGCGUAUGUGACAUUGCUCAAAAGAAAAUGUUGCCACAUCAGGAUGACAGGAAUGAACCAAUGAAGUAUUCCUUGCAACAACAAUAAAAAAAAUUAAUUGUGUGGAGCUAAUGCAACAGAAAACAACAUUUUCAUUUUGUCAGGAAAAGGACGUGCAACAUUUCAAAGAGAAACCUUCCAAAUGGAAUAUGCAAAAAGCACACCAAUGACUUGUGAAAGUUGUAAAUGGUUUUUUCCAAGAAAAACCAGAAUUAUCCUUAAGUAAAGCAUAUUUUUAUAACAAAUAUCUUAUAAUCAAGAACAUUCACGCAGUAAUCCUGAAAAUAGAGCUGAGAAAGUGGUACUCAAUCUAAAAGUGACUUUAAGCAUAUUGACUGCCCAACACUUCACUUAAUUGAAUGCAGAGUGUUUUUUUUAAAAAGGCAAAAGCACAUUUACCUCAAUGAAUUUGUGCUAACUCCCAA